UAAUCAUUUUGUUGUCACUCACGCGACGCGACAAUACGGGGGAUACGGUGUCUCCAGUUUUACCGUGCACCAGUGCCACAGCUGCUUAUUACACGAGUACCUUACGACCGCCGGUUUGAUUCUCGAUCGCUCCAACACUUGCCUCAGUGAACGAGACGGCUACGAUUGAGGUCCGACGAACUGUUGCUUUCGUAAUUUGCGCGGCGCCGCGCACCAUUCCUUGCCGGUAGCGGGUGUCACAGUACAGUGACGUUGAGCAGGGUGUUCCAUCGCCCUCGGAUUUUCCUUUUUCCGUCGGAAGUGAAAUCCCGCAGAUAACGCUCGUCGUGUAAACGGUCAGCUUUCGGACUGCCACAUCACUACUCAGAAAUGAGACUGAAGUAUUCCCUGUCGUCAACCGUACUUUCGGUCCUAAUAGCCAUAUCGCCGUGGUCCGGUUCUCGGGCUGAUGAAUAUGGUAACAGACAGUUUGUAAAGAAAGAGCACUCGUUAGUCAAGCCUUAUCAAGGGUCGGGAAUGAGCAUUCCGAACUGGGAUUUCACCGGCAGCACCAUGGUUUCUUCGAAUUACAUAAGAUUAACAGCGGACGUUCAGUCUCAACAAGGAUCGAUUUGGAAUAAGGUGCCUGUACACAUGUACAAUUGGGAAGUACAAAUCAAUUUCAAGGUACACGGUCACGGCAAGGAUCUGUUCGGUGAUGGGAUGGCCAUUUGGUACACGAAAGACCCACUCCAGCCGGGUCCUGUUUUUGGAUCCAAAGAUCACUUCCAGGGUCUAGCCGUUUUCCUGGAUACUUAUGCCAAUCAGAAUGGGCAUCACAAUCACGCUCAUCCGUACAUUUCCGCUAUGGUUAACAACGGAUCUCUCAGCUAUGAUCACGACAGAGAUGGCACACAUACAGAGCUUGCCGGUUGCGAAGCGAAAUUCCGCAACAGCGAGCCGGAGACAUCUAUCUCAAUCCGAUACGAACAAGAUACGCUGGUCGUAUCUACGGAUAUUUUGGGGAAGAAAGAGUGGAAGGAAUGCUUCCGAGUGUCGGGAGUCCGUCUCCCCACUAAAUACCACUUCGGAAUUUCGGCCGCCACCGGCGAAUUAUCCGACAACCACGAUAUCACGAGCAUCAAGGUCUUUGAACUCGAUGGCAACGAAUACGCGGAAGUCGAACGAAGAGAAUUCAUCACACCCCAAGCUGACCAUUUCGCUCCCCACAGAGAUCAUGUCGACGAUCCGUCGCCUGGAAUGAGCGGAACGAAAUUCUUUUUCGUGAUGCUCUUCUCGAUGCUGUUCCUUGUUUGCGCUGGACUCGGAGGCUUCUACUACUACAAGAAGCAUCAGGAGAACGCUAGGAAGAGAUUCUAUUGAUUUUCACUGAUUGACCGGAGCUGACGGGGGAGACGGAACGAUGAAGAAGGAGCUCCAUCCGCCAACGACUUAGUCUAUUCCUCCUCCCUGGGGGCUGAACUCGAAGUCGUUCGGCCGGAACCCGCGACACUCUAAAUUACAUGAACGGGAAGAGGGAGGAGCGAGCCUAGUGCAACCUAUAGGUAAUGUUAUGAUCAUCCUGUACUAUAUGAAAAAGAAAUACACUUUAUAGAAAUAAAUAUUUGGAUGAGCAAGCGAUUCCCGCUUCUCGUCCGCUGC